UCAGCUUGGGUCGGUUCACUCUACAUUGCACUCUCCUGGGUUUUUGGACCAUUGGUAAACCAUCUCGUCAAACGUCUCGGAUUUAGAAUCACAGCCACAAGUGGGUGUCUUAUAAUUUCGAUCAGCUUUUGCGUAAGCUCGUUCGAGGACAAUGUUUGGCUUUUCCUUAUUUUAUUCUCAGUAAUUGGAGGAUUGGGUUCAGCAAUGUCCUACCACUGCAGCGUUCUAGUUGUUUUAAGACACUUUGUGAAGUGGCGUUCUCUUGUAGUUGGAAUAACAGCGUCGUCAUCAAGUGUAGGCAUGUUCGUCGUGACGCAAAUCACCGAGGCUCUUCUUUCAAAUUAUGGAUUCAAAAACGCCCUCAGAGGUUGGGCCAUCUUGUUUUUCCUGGCGAUCCCACUGGCCUACUCUUACGACUCAAAAUCGGAUGUUACCGUAGGUACCAUCAAAAGAAAUGAUGACGGAUCCGAACAAGGUGUGGAAGCCACUCACUCACCAAGCCUUUCGCGAAAUGGGCACUUCAUCAUUUAUCUUUUCUCCGUUACCUUGGUGUUCUUUGCCGUGCCUACGCUAUCAAUUUUCCUGGUAAGAUGUGAAUUAACUAAAUUUUAUUGUUAUACAAUCAAUUCUAACUUUUUAAUACACGUCUCUGAAACAGAGUUGAUCCCCUCCCCGCAAUACGAUGGAUUUACGGGGAAUUCGAGGAGGAAGAGAAUUCUUUUUUAAUAAAAAUAUUAAUUCUCCGUUUUUCAGAAUCAAUUUAACAAUUUUUCCUCCCUUCCAUUAUACCCCCGCGUACGUAGCAAUCUUUCUAAAAAAAUACCCCUAUAUUCUCUAACCCCAUACUAGUCCUUACAUCACCUCAUGGCGACUUUUUCUGUCACUGCAACGAUUAACAUAACGCACUCCUCUGCAAAUGAUCGACUUUUCACCAUCUAUAUUCUAUAACUACGUCAGAUCUGUAUAAUCGCCAGCUACUUAAAUAUUGGUUGUUUCCGUCUUUCUUUCUAGGUGAAAUUUUGUGAGAGUGAACUUGGCAUUUCAACGCAACGAGCCUCCAUGCUAUACAUGUACAUGGCGAUCGCCUUCUUUUUUAGCAACCACUUGUUCUGCAAGCUUAGUGAAUUCAAAUUCAUCAACAUCUUUGAUCUUUAUCAAUUUUCAACGACAUGUCUCGGCGUCUGCUUGUUUCUGUUACCCUUGGCAACAUCUUACAAAGCUGUGGUGGUGUUAUCUGUUAUGUUUGGUCUCAUGGAUGGUGGACGAUACGGUUUAAUGCCACUGAUGGUGUUAACAUGUGUAGGACAGAAGUCAGCUGACCAAGCUUGGGGUUUUGUCGCAUUCUCUGUCGGUCUUUCUAGUGCCAUUGGUCCAGUUAUAAUAGGU